AUGGAGGUUGGGAACCAAUGGGGAGAAGAAUUCCAGCCUCCGCCAAGGGGAUUGCAUAAUGCCAGUUUACUCAUUGAUGAUAUUGAAGACAACUCAGAACUUCGUCAUGGCUUCCCAGUGGCACACAGCAUCUAUGGAAUUCCCUCUGUCAUCAAUUGCGCCAAUUAUGUCUAUUUCCUUGGUUUGGAAAAAGUCUUAUCCCUUGACCACCCAGAUGCAGUGAAGCUUUUUACCCAUCAGCUUUUGGAACUUCAUCAGGGACAGGGCCUGGAUAUUUACUGGCAGGAUAAUUACACCUGUCCCACUGAGGAAGAUUAUAAAGCCAUGGUGCUGCAGAAGACAGGGGGGCUGUUUGGGUUAGUGGUAGGCCUUAUGCAGUUGUUCUCUGAUUACAAAGAAGACUUAAAGCCACUACUAAAUACGCUUGGGCUCUUUUUCCAAAUUAGGGAUGAUUAUGCCAAUUUACACUCCAAAGAAUAUAGUGAAAACAAAAGGUUUUGUGAAGAUCUAACAGAGGGAAAAUUUUCAUUUCCAACUAUUCAUGCUAUUUGGUCAAAGCCUGAGAGCACCCAGGUACAGAAUAUCUUGCGUCAGAGAAUAGAAAACAUAGAUAAAAAAUACUGUGUACAAUAUCUUGAGGAUGUAGGUUCUUUUCAGUACACCCGGAAUACUCUUGAAGAACUUGAAUCUAAAGCCUAUAAACAAAUCGAUGCAGGUGGUGGGAACCCUGAGCUAGUAGCUCUCAUGAAGCACUUAACUAAGAUGUUCAAAGAGGAAAAUGAAUGUUAA